UUCAGAGCAUUUCCCACUGGGAAUAGUGUACAGACGGUGGCUAACCGCACAGUAACAAAUUAAAAGUAUUUUGGCAAUUGAUGAGCAAAUUUCGGAACGUAUGAGGGCAGGAUGAAUGUGGAGAGUCUCAAUAAAGCAGAGCUGCUGAUGCUCCUCAGCAUCCUGGAGGGAGAGGUGGAGGCUCAGGACGUCGUCAUACACACACUCAGGGCACAGCAACGAGACACCUUCGUGCAGGAACGAUAUGGCCACUACGACCUCACCGACCCCUUCCUGGCCCUGCAGAGAGACAGCGAGGUCGUGCCAGAGGGUGGGCGGAGCCGGCCCCAGGGCCACGGCCGCAGGGGGAGGGGCCAGGCCGGGCCAAGCCCACUGGCCGUGCUAAAGCUGCUGAUGACCCACUGCAGAAGGAUGCAGGAGAAGAUGAUGGCCCAGUUGGCAGCAGCUGAGAGUAGGCACAGACGGGUCAUUGCUGAUCUAGAGGAAGAGAAACGACGCCAUGCCCAAGAUACAGCAGAGGGUGAUGAUGUCACAUACAUGCUGGAGAAGCAGAGAGAAAGACUACUGCAGCAGCUGGAGUUUGAGCGGGCGCGCGUGGAGCAGUUGGAGGGCGAGCGGCACACGAUGUCGGGCCAGGUGCAGGAGGACCUGGCUCAGCAGCAGCAGCUCUCCUCGUCCCUGGCGAAGGAGUGCCAGCGAGCCACCGCCCGUGCCCAGGAGGAGAGUCAACGGGCAGCGCAGCUGCACGGGCAGCUGCAGAAGGAGCGCAGCGUGGCGCUGGGCCUGCAGGAGGCGCUGGACGCCGAGCGGGCCCGUGCCCUGCAGACAGAGGCACGGGCCGAGCGGCAGCUGGCGGAGUUUGACGCGGAGCGCGAGCACAUGCGACUGCGGCUGCGGAGGGAGGAGGGCCGCGUGCGCGAGCUGCAGGAGGCCGCGGAGAGCCUGCGCGAGGAGCUGAACGAGGCCAAGGAGCGAGAGAAGGGUUGGAGGGCGAGGGAGGCGGAGGGGAAGGCAAGGAGUUGGGCCUGCCAGACGGAGCCGGACGGGAGAGCGGGCGGAGCGGAGGCGCCCCAGCGGCCCAGGUUCAACGGCCACCUGCUCCGUAAGGAGAGCGACUCCUCGUUGGGGGGGGAGAAGGGCAUAGAAAGUGGAGCAGAGCGACUGGAGAACGGGGUGGGAGUCACGGGCACGCCCGGAGGGAGCGGAGGUGCGCCGGGCUCGCCGGUGCAGCCGCAACAGUCGCUGUCGCCGGGCGGCACGGCCUGCUCGUCGCUCACCUCCUCGCCUUGCUCCUCGCCCGUGCUGGCCAAGCGUAUAACCUCGCUCGGCUCCUGCAGCCCCACCUACCCCUCGUCCUACCAGGCCAGCGUCAACCAGCGCUUCCACGCCGCACGCCACAAGUUCCAGCAGCAGACUGAGCAGCAGCAGCAGCAGCAGCAGCAGCAGCAGCAGGGUGGAGGUGUGCCCCACUCGCCCCGCGACUUGUCGCCCGCCACCACCCCUCCGCCUCCGCUCGAGAACUUGACCGCCAAGCAGAUCGCCCGCAACACGGUCACACAAGUGCUGUCACGCUUCACCAGCCAGCAGGGGGCGGGCAAGCUGCCCCCUCCAAACAGCUCGCCCUUCGGCACGGACUACCGCGCGCUGGCAGCUUCAUCCUCUCCCACAGGCAAAGCGCCGGGCCCGCUCUCACCCGGAAUCCGCUCACCCAUCAUCCCUAGGCUGGAGAAGAGCCACCCACCCCCUGUGCCACCCAAGAAGCCGGGUCUGAACCAGAGUCCCGGGUCGCCUGUCCUUUCUCCACACGUCACUCACUUCCCCGAGCUGUCUGGUAGCUGUGGCCUCACUAGCACACAGGAGGGCACUAAAGAGCUCGAUCUUGUCAUGUCCUCCUCCAGCUAAGUUCUAGCCAUCCACACCACCCAAGUUAAAGGGCAUAACGAACCUGCCUUUGAGCCGAAUCUGUAACCCCUCCCACACUGAAUGGCUGAAUCGUUUCUUUGUAAACCCACACAUGGAAAACCUUUUAGAGGGCUGGAGAAUGGGCACCUCAUCUACCACUCUGCUCCUUUAUACUAGGGCCCAAAUUCUAAGAUACAGCUAAGAUGGCAUUUAUUUAGAUUUCUAUUUUUUUUACAUAUGCUAUCAUCUUAUUUUUCCUUAUAUUUUGAGACAUUUUAUUCAUCCGUAAACUUUAAAUAUACUUAAAUCCCCAAAUUUGCUGUUAUACCAUGUCCUGCAUGGAAGACAAAAUGGGGGGGGGGGGGAGUCUUUAUAAAUGAAAGACACUGAGGACUCUAUAAAUGAACGACACUGAUGACUUUUAUAAAGGAACUACACUAACUUAGGACUCUUUAUAAAUGAACUACACUGAUGACUUUUAUAAAGGAACUACACUAACUUAGGACUCUUUAUAAAUGAACUACACUGAGGACUCUAUAAAUGAACGACACUGAUGACUUUUAUAAAGGAACUACACUAACUUAGGACUCUUUAUAAAUGAACUACACUGAUGACUUUUAUAAAAGAACUACACUAACUUAGGACUCUUUAUAAAUGAACUACACUGAUGACUCCAUCUCAGGCAAUCAGUAGAUAGAAUGACCAAUUCUUAUCUUACAAAAUGGAAAGUUAUAUUCUCAUAUACUGAGAACUAUCUUAAGUUAUUGCAGUUAUAGUAGAAAUAGCACUGAGAUCCAUUUUUACUGUUAUUAAAUUGUUCUCAUGUGUUCAGUCAUUUUAAGUUCUGUAUGCUUCUCAGAACACAUGAGCAAUGGCAUGAGCUGAGCAAAAACCUGAGUGGCUCACUUCACCCUGCAUCUUAUGUUUGUGUGUGUAAACAGUGAAGCUCACAGGCCUAAUCUUUCACUUCUUUCUUUCGGCAAGACUCCCAGAGAAAAUGUUCCUCCUCUCUUCCUUCUCGGUAUGUAUCUUGACAGUAGUGGUGAUAAUAAAUCGCUACUAAAAACAGGCAGAAUAGCUGAACGCUGGUGUGUGGCUCCUGCGGUUACAGACUUAAAGACACCUUUAGUUUAACACAUUCCAAAAGGCACUCAGAGGCAAAUGACACCGGACUUCCCAAAAUGCUUUUCUCUCCCCUGUGAAGGUGAAAACACUGGCUGCUUCUCAAGGUUUGCAAAUCUGAGACUUGUGUGUUCCCAGUCUUAUUGUUCUUCAUGCUAUAUGUAUAAUAGCCUGUAGUGUAGUUAAAACCAUUCACUCCAGUCUUAAAGAUUGUAACUAUAUAGCAGUAAUGGUGGUGGUUAACCCAUCUAAGAGUGUACUUGAAAAUAGAUAGACUUUCAUUAGAAAGACAAAAGCACAAAUAGGUUAUAGUUUUUUAUGUUGAUUCCUAAGCCUAUUAAAAGGGCUUUAAAAUACGAAAUGAUGGAUAACUGGGGCUACGGAUGCAUGUGCAUUUAUCUUAACUAGCUUACAGAAACCACUUUUCCAAAUGACAUGGAAAUAUAAUUUGUUUGCUUCAGCUACACAAAACCAAACUGAGGAGCGUUCAUAACACAUGCACUUCUUUCCCGGUUCUGUUACAUGCAACCUGCAUGUAACUUAAGGUUUCUUACAUGUCCGAUACCUCAGUGUUGCCUUUGACGCCCUUAGAUUUUCUUUACCAGCUCACACCUGGGCUUAUACUACUGUAUUUUUUAUGAAACCAAUAAAGUCUUGCAGAUAAAGAUAUUUUUACUUGUUCUUAAUAGAAAUGGCUUUACAGAGCCAUACCCUUGGCCUUACCCACUGAGAAAAUAAAACUCUUUGGAAGCUCACCGUAUCUUGAUUUUGCAUUUAGUGUCAAAAUAUAUUAGAAUGUCUCCAAGAGUCAUUUAGUGGCUAUAGGGAAUCAUAGACGAGUACAAGAAGUAUAAUGGUACUUCGGUAAGGCAAAGUAUUCUGAUCAAACUUAGGUUGUCUUACAUUCAGAAUCUGCUAUACAGCCCAAGCUUGGAUGGGGAGAUAAAAUUUGUGUCACCCAGCUACAUCUGCGAAAAAGAACAAAUAUUCUAAAUAUGAGCUUCAGUCAUCAGUUCGGUGCCAAUUCUUUAUUACCUGUGAGUAGCAUAUACGUUUGCUAAAAUCAGAGUUAAGAGCCGUAUUACAGGACAGAGAGAGCAAGAUGGAGAGAGAGAAAGAGAGAGAGAGUGAGAGACAGAGUGAUGAGUGAUAUAGUACAGUCUGAUUACGCUUCUGUGUUCAGGGUGAAGUUUACAGUGGCAAAGCACCCAACAGUACCAUGACAUGUGACAACACUAACAACACCUUUCUGCUCCAGUUCUGGAGAGUGCAUAGACCAACUCUGAUUCGCUGUUUGUAUUGUAAGACACGCUCGAUUCUGCACACGUGAAGCCUGUAACAAAAAAGUGCUAGGACGGUUUUUAAAGACUGCUUAGUAAAAUAUAAUAUCUGUAUGUAUAAAUAUGAAACGCAAGACUUAAUUUGGAUUUCUUUGCCAUGGGAAAGAGGACUAUUUGCUGCUUUUUUUAUUGGCUCAUUUAUUUCACACAGAUUUUGGUUUGACUUUGUUUUAAAUGUCUUCAUUUAAAAGGGUGCGAAGGUUAGGAGGUGGCAGAAGGUGCUGAGAGAGGGGAGUUAAGACAGAUGCCUAUACCAGAACUCACCGAGCAGCCUCCUCUUCACACACACUCUGGGGAUGAGCUGAAUGAGGAGAGGAUGUCUGUUCGGAGUAUUGGAACAGUCAAAAUAAACCUGUCAGCAGUUCUGUGUGCCGUCUUAAAGAUGACUGGCCCGCACUCACAGACGUCCCAUCAACACAAUGUCCCAUCUCACAACAACAACAUAACCAAACAAAAAAUAAUAAAAUCUACAUUGUACACCCUUUAAGAAUAUUUUUGGACAGACGGGUCAGAUAAAUUCACAUGAAUGCAAGAAUAGCAUCGGGUUUACUGAUAAUUUAGAUCCAGACUCCCUCUAAGCUCAUGUCUGACCCUCCUCCAAUAGCCGGAGUGUCCUUUAAACAACCAGAAACUGAGUGGAACCACUUCUUCUUAGUAACAUCAAUAGAGUAAGUCCCUCGACUUUUUUUUUUUUGUUUUGUUUUCUUUUUUCUCAGGGAGGCAUGACUCUCCCUCUGUUUAGCGAACAGCGUGUGGGUUUUCUUUUGGACCGGUUCCGUG